AUCAGACUCAGCGAUGAAUAUACGGGGGAAGAAGUCUUACGUGGCAAGUACUGCAACUUACGAUUCAGCGCUCCCAUGCCUCCCAGGCCAGAUAGGAUCAAUUACAAUCAAGACAUCUUCAACUCUUCAGUCGAAGAAGGAGGGCUGUUGGAAGACAUGGAACGAGGUGCAGCCUAUUUCUACCACUUGUCGCCAAACCUGGGAAUCUGUAUUCCAUCUCCAUGCACGGCUGAUGACAUGGAAUCACUCAUCAACAACGCCCUCAAGGCCAUGAGCUGGAGGGUGAACAUAACGUUCUGCGAUAUUGACGAACCAGUUAAGUUCAAGACAAACCAAGUGGCUAUAAUCGGAGUCAUUGGCGUGAUGCUCUUGUUGUGUAUACUUGGAACUAUUUUGACGACAUGCCGGAGAGUGUUAGCAGCCGAUAGUAAGAACUUGAAGCCAAAUCUUGCCUUCGACAUCAUGAAAUGCUUUUCUAUGUACGACAACACAAUGAAGCUGUUGGCCAUAGAGGAGGUACAGGGACAGGUGCCCGUAAUACACGGACUGAAGUUCUUCAGUAUGUGCUGGGUUAUCCUUUGCCACUGCUACAUCUUCACAAACCCGGAACGUGUUGUGGCGGUAGAAAAUAUCCAAAAAGAGCCAUUUACUUACCCCUUUCAGAUCAUGAUGAACGGGUGGCUUGCAGUUGAUACCUUCUUCUUGCUCGGAGGCUUCACUCUAGCCUACUCCACACUGCGCCACAUGUCACAAAGGAAAGGGAAGCUUAACAUCUUCCUGUAUUUCUUCCACCGUAUAUUUAGGAUUGUCCCGCCACUUGGGUUCGCGAUAUGCAUAAUCAUUAUAAUGCCACUGCUUGGACGCGGCCCCGUUUGGCACGAAACCGUCGACCUACAGGCCCAAAAGUGCGAGAGCAACUGGUGGCAGACUCUUUUCUUUGUCGCAAAUUUCGCGACGACUUACGACACAAUUUGUCUCGAAACUUCCUGGUACCUUCAGUGCGAUAUGCAGUUCUACAUUUUAGCACUAGCUGUGGUGUUGCCCAUGUACAAACAUCCUGUCCUGGGCAGCCUCAUCAACAUAAUGUUCCUAGUUGUGUCAUUCAUCAUCUUUGCCGUCAUCAUGGUGUAUUAUAAUUUCCCUGCCAUUAUGAUUUUUCUACACCCUGAUAUUGAACUCAUCAAGGACGAAGCAUUUUAUAUCCACUGGCGUCCGUAUACGCAUUAUGGGCCUUAUGCUGUUGGCCUCUUUAUGGGACUGCUUUUUUACAAAAAGCAGAAAGUACGCUUCAGCAAGGCUUUAGCCAUAUUGGGAUGGGCUUGCGCUAUCAGCCUGCAACUGGCGAUGAUCUACGGCAUCCGAGACUGGCACGAACACUACGAUACCGUAGGUGUCGUAGGAUAUGUCUUCGCCGUCACACAUCGGACCGCGUGGGCAGCAACGGUGGCUUAUAUCCUAUUUGCUGUACACUUCAAGUUAGGCGGUUGGAUUGGACAGCUGCUACAGUGGAAGGCUCUGAUACCCCUGAGUCGACUGACCUUCAUGACCUAUCUAUUGCAUCCGCUUGUCAUGUGGUACCGGAAUGGAAAUCUCAGAGAACGGAUAUACCUGAGACAUUUUCCAGAGAUGGCAAACAACUUUUUAGCUGACCUGGUGUUCUCUUUCGGUGCCGCUUACCUCGCAACGCUUCUCUUCGAGGCGCCCUUCAUCAACCUAGAGAAAAUAAUCCUACGACCCUUUAUGGGAGGCCCCAAGAUGCCUCGGCAAUCGAACGGACUCAGCAACAACGGAUAUUCACCGGAGUCGCCUCCCGUAGACUUCGUCAUCAAUGGCCACCAUUAUCAGGGCGAACAGAAGAGGACGCAGGGCGACAGAAACACAUCUAGGCUUUGAGAAAGUAGAGGACUGCGAGAAAAGGAAAAAAAAGUGAUACUUGUGCCUGUAGACUGAAUAUUUUAAGGUUGAUGGCUCGGCUUGUUGUGGAUGGUGAUGGUGCACGACGAUGGUCGAAGGGUCGUGCAGUUGUAUCAACUGACGAUUCUGGAAGAGGGCUGAAUAAUCGGCUCUUUCUCGGGAUGCUAAUGAUCUACCUUAACGAUAUGUUAGUGUAUAGUAAUGUAAAACGAGACGAAGAAACCAGAAAGGACAGAUUGCAUAAUUCAGUUGUGCAAUUUUAUGUAUAUUUCGAUGGACUGAUCUGUGUGCCGAGUGAACGAGGACAAACCUCAGGGUUCGUUAUAUGGAGAUCUGUUAUCACCAGCUCGGCUGCUUUUUAGCCGCUCUUUACAAAUCUUGCCCCACGUACGCCAACUCGCAUUGUUCUAGCAAUGGGUUUGCUUGGACUUUGCUUGAUUGUAUAAUGUUCCUCUGUAAGGGAAAUACGAUAGAAUUAGUGCUUGCUGGUGUAAAGUUAAGCACUUUCUUGCGUACCCAACGGAUCUCCUUCACUCCAGUGCAUGCAGCUACAAUGUACGAUGCCUGCAGCAAUUAGCUAAUUCUUAAAACAUGAAGGUUCUGCACACGUCGUAAAAUUCUCGGCAGGUUGUGUGAUGGAUAGCGCACAUAAAAAAAUGUCAGAUAACACCAAAAAUGAUGCAGCAAAAUAGCUUUACCAUUUAAAAAACACUGGGUAGACCCUUAAUAAUGAUAACUGGAGGUAGAUCUUCACGUAAGGUGAGUCCACCCACAAUUGUGUCGCUACAUCAGGAUAAACCAUUGUUCGCGACACAAUGGUACUAUGGAAGUGCUAAUAGCUCCUUUUGAAUAUGAGUAGGGAAGGUACCCCGAUAUGAAAAAAAAAAAGAAAGAAAAAUACUUCGAAAUUGUGGAAAGAUCUUGUUAGCGUCGGCCACUGUGUUACGGCAAGCGCCGUUCGUGCAUUCGCAAAAAAGUACGGAUUUCGAAUGUAUACAAAACUACGUGUGCGAUCUGUGUAUGCGAAAUCUCAGGAAUGAAAUGUUGAAACUACUAACUAAAAUGAAGGAAAAUUUUCGCCUUUGUACCCUGUUGGUAAAUAUUCAUAGUAUAUAAGCAACAAGUACGACACCACGGAUGCGCAGCAACUAGUUACAAAGGACGAAGAAGUCCCGAAUCCACGAAGACCGAAACCUCGUACAUAAAGAUAGCAGUCGUCCUUGUCUAUUACCCCGUCGGUUGUUGCACUUGCUGCUCACAUACUAUGGAUGCUCGAAUUUAC